GCGCUCUCCAUGGGCGCCGCCAUGCCUGAUAGAGGAAAACAGAUGACGUAUAAUGGCGCCGCCAAUCAGAGCAUUACGUUCGCGAGUUCAAAGGUCAUAGCAGACGGACAUGAAUAAAAUAUUCCAGCUAUAACUAAAAAGGUGUUUUGCAGGGGUGUGUGAUGUCACAGCGUUUGUUCAGCAAGGUGUUGGGUUUUAUCGGCUACACUGUUCAGUAUGGCUGCAUCGCUCACUGCACAUUUGAGUACAUUGGAGAGUUUGUCAUGUGUUCAGGACCGUCAAUGGAGCCAACCAUCACCGAUCACGACGUUGUUUUUUCAGAACGCCUCAGCAGACAUUUGUAUCGCAUAGAGAAAGGGGACAUUGUGAUUGCUAAGAGCCCAUUUGACCCAAACAUGAACAUCUGUAAACGAGUUAUUGGACUGGAAGGAGAUAAAGUGUGCACCAGUGGACCAUCGGAUACAUUUAAGACACACACUUUUGUACCAAGAGGUCAUGUGUGGCUGGAAGGUGAUAAUUUGCAGAACUCUACAGACUCACGAUGUUACGGCCCUGUUCCCUAUGGACUCAUACAAGGACGAGUGUGUUUAAAGCUGUGGCCUCCACACAGUGUCGGUGUGCUAAACGAGAGUCCUAAUGCCGGCCGCAUUUUGCGCACUGAAUAACAGCAACUGCAAUGAUUUCUCCUUCACAUGCUUUUAAAAUAAACUUGUGUUCAGGAC